AUGAGCUCAGUGUCGUCUGGGAACUCCGACUACGGUGACGCGCCUCCUGGUUAUAAGGAGUCCCUCGCCUCGGGAACUUUCGUAUCACCCAGCGAUAGCGGUAUCAUCAGCCAACUUGACAUACAGGCCAUUGGCUACGACACGAGCCAGGCCCUCACGGGCAAUGUGCUGGAAAACAUCUCCGUCUACCGUGUUAGCUCUGGCGAGCUAGAGUACACAUCCAUCCGCCUCAAGAAGAACUCCAACUCCUGCGCGCUCGUCCGCGGGUCCGACUCUAGCCAGACACCUUUGAUAUCAACGAUUUACCGUUGGGGUCCGGGCCGCCGUCCCAGGAUGAGGAUCCUGUCCCCGGGAGCUGCUGCCACCGUGGAAGAGGCAAUUGAAUUAGACCAGCUCGUGUGCGAGGUAGUUGAGGUCAAAAGUCGCAACAUGAUGUCGCGUACGCAGGAACUGAAGACGUCGUUCGGCACCUUCGAGUGGCGCUAUGGUGGGCGCGACGAGCGCAAAGAAGCCUCUGAGGCAUCCUCACUUCUAGUCUUGGAACGGACCGACGACGCCGCCCCAGCGUUGGCCAGCAAUGGCAAGGUGGGCAAGCACGGCGUGCCAAUAGCUCAGCUUGUGCGCAACGCGGAUCUUCGUACUCCCGGCACCAGUCGCUGGAUGGGUGGCAAUGGCGGCCGCUUGAUCAUGAACCUUGAGAUGUGGACGGACGAUAAGAAAACGACAACUAAGGACGCCGAGGCCUUCAUUGUCGCCAGCUGCAUCCUUAUGCUGAAGCGCGAGGCCGACCGAUUCAAGGACAAUACGAUUGCUGCUGUGGUUUGA